UCCAUGCACGCGAUGGUCCUGACGUUGCGGUUACGCAGUGGAACAUGGCGGUUUGCUAGAGAGGUGACUGCUGCGGAGCCGAGCGUUUUCCAUUGCGGAUGGACAGCAUUGUGAUUAGAUUCGGACAAGUAUGAAGGAUGUGAAAUUGAUUUGUUGGAAGUUCUGCUUCUAUGGACACUGUACAAAACCUGCGUGCAUGAUUAAUUUUUGCAACCACGAUGUGAUUUGGGAUCACAUUUUUCAGAGAACUUUGUCUUCAUGAAGAUUCCUGACAUUGGUGAUGUGAUGAAUAAAUUUGAAGUCCUUAGAAUUGUAGGUGAAGGAGCCUAUGGGGUGGUACUAAAGUGCAGGCACAAGGAAACCAAUGAAAUUGUGGCUAUCAAGAAGUUCAAGGAUAGUGAAGAAAAUGAAGAAGUUAAGGAGACGACAUUGAGGGAGCUUAAAAUGCUCCGUACUCUAAAGCAAGAAAAUAUUGUUGAACUUAAGGAGGCUUUUCGAAGAAGAGGAAAGCUAUAUUUAGUCUUUGAAUAUGUAGAGAAGAAUAUGCUUGAAUUACUUGAAGAAAUGCCAAAUGGUGUUCAGCCUGACAAAGUGCGGAACUAUAUCUAUCAACUAAUCAAAGCAAUUCACUGGUGCCACAAGAAUGAUAUUGUUCACCGAGAUAUAAAACCAGAGAAUCUUCUAAUCAGCCACAAUGAUAUGUUGAAGUUGUGUGAUUUUGGAUUUGCUCGGAAUUUGUCAGAGGGCAGCAAUGCAAAUUACACAGAAUAUGUGGCCACUAGGUGGUAUCGUUCACCUGAACUACUACUUGGAGCUCCAUAUGGAAAGGCUGUUGACAUGUGGUCUGUGGGCUGCAUUCUUGGAGAACUAAGUGAUGGGCAACCACUUUUUCCAGGAGAGAGUGAAAUAGAUCAACUUUACACAAUUCAGAGAGUAUUGGGACCACUGCCAUCUGAGCAGAUGAAGCUGUUUUACAGUAAUCCUCGCUUUCACGGCCUACGGUUUCCUGCUGUAAACCACCCUCAAACUCUGGAAAGAAGAUACCUGGGUGUUAUUAGUGGAGUUACGCUAGACCUCAUGAAGAAUUUGCUGAAACUGAAUCCAUCUGAAAGAUACCUAACAGAACAGUGCUUGAACCACACUGCUUUCCAGACCCAGAGACUUUUGGAUAGAUCUAGUGGUACUUCCCCAACACGAGUGACUAAAAGGAAAACUCAUCAUGCAGAAAAUAGAAAUCAUGGUAGCAAAAGUGCAUCACUGUCUGUUCGAUCAGAUAGCCGAGAUCAGCAGAAUCUAGGUGUCAAUGUUAAGCGAGGUGAUGACAGCAGUCAACAUGAUAACCUUUCCUGUGAAAGUUCUUCCCCACACAGCCCUGCUCUUAUUCCUUCACCAGACUAUCAACAGACCAAACAGAAUCUCUCUAGUAGUAAAGAUUUUACCACCACUAAUUUACCACUCCUUCCUAGUCCACGCCUGGUGUCCAAGGAAGCACAUGCAAAGUCUAAAACUGAUAUCCAGACUGAUCAGAAGAUUGCAGAAGGUCCUGGUGCAAAAUAUUUAAAACCUAAUACAAAAUCACAGCAGAAUAGGCAUUCAUUUUUAGAAAUGCCACAAAAUAAAACUGGAACUCUACCAACUGAGAAACCCAACCGUCACAGUUACAUAGAGCCCGUACAAGGUUCUGUGUUGCAACAAUCAAAGAACUCAGUAGUUUUAACGCCGUCUAAAUCAUAUAGGACAUUGAGUGAUUCAAGGUCGGUUGGAAACCUGAAUGAAAUGAAAGUGCAUGGAGAGGAUCAGUCAUCUAGGUAUUUUCCUUCAAGCUGCUUGGAACUCACUGCUUCAAACAAUGCUUUAUCAACUGGAUCCAGUGAGAACCGGGUGGCACAGAAUCCUCCAGCUAUGAAUAAAAGUCUGGAAACUCGCAAACCAUCUACAAGACAUUCAACAAAUGAAGAUGAGCUUAAGGUUCCUGCUAGCCAUCUUGAAGGGGGUCAUUCACAUUCAGUGUCUGCUCCACAUGAGUCUUUUCCUUUUGACUUAAAUUAUCCCAGUCCAUAUGCCUCCAAAUCACGUUCACAGAGGCAUUCUAUGUAUAUUCCAAGGAAACAAGCAUCUGAAAUUAACUCUGGAAGUGCAGGACAGGGAAUGCCUACUAGGACAAAUAGUUUACAGAUGUUAUCUCCUCAAAUGCAACAUGCUCGGACGUCUGUCAAUAGAGGUUCUCUGGGCUCCUCACGUGAGGACUUUGCCGAAACUUCUGGGGUGGAGCAGUCCUUAACUGAUGGAAAGCAUAGCAGGCCACCAAUCAAAGAUUCUACCAGGGAUAAUACAGUGUCAUAUCACAGCCAUCAACAUCAGAUUGAGCCUGGAGGAUAUCAUGACAUACACUUAGAAGAUGGUAUAUCCUCAAAAGAAAAUAAAUAUGUAUUUUCGGACACAGUGCCCAGGGAUAGACGAGUACGAAGUUAUUAUGAAGAUUAUUCUUCUUUGGAGGGAACCUUCAGUGAGAGAGGACCAAUUAAUGUGCCAAUGCCUGGUAACAUUCAGUCAAAGCAUUCCAAAAGACACACUGCUGUGGACCUUUGGAGAAGUACAGAAAAUCUUAACAUUAACCCUCUGGAGCAAACAAAGGAAAAGGGGAAAGGUUUCUUCAGAGCAAUAAAAAAGAAGAAGAAGAAAUCACAAACGGCAGAAAACAACGAUGGAGAAAAUCCAAGUAUAAGAAAAUCACUCUUUCCUCUUUUUAGUGCAAAGAACCAUUUAAAACAUAUCUGUUCCUCAAGAGAACUUCCUAUAGUCAAUCUUCCCAUGAUGCCUAGUGGUGAUGGCCAUGAUCGCCAGGCAUUACAGAAAGCUCUACAGUCUCGUCAAAACAGAGGCAAGGAUUGGCCCACAGAUAAAAUGGUGGAUGAUCAGCCUCAGAAACAUCCCUUGAAAUCCCUUCGAAAGUUCUUGCAGCUCCCUACUUCAUUUAGUCACUCUGCUUCCUCAGAUGUGCGAUUUCAAGCUUUGCCAAGCCAGCCAGACAAAUCUACUCAUACUGAGGGUCGCCUCCAUGCAACAGGACAGUCUCAUAGCAGCAAUAUACGACAAGAUUCCCAGGCAAAAUCUAGGUCAAAUUUCCAACUACCUGGUCAAAUGGAGCCAAUCUGGCAUGUGCUACCAAGUGGCAGGACUGGAAUUGAUGGAGCCAUGAACUCUGAGCAGAUAAUCUCCAAGUCAAGUCAGAAUGGUCAUUCUCUACAUUUAACCAGAACAGCACGUCCCAGAAUGCCAAAUCUAAAUGAUUUAAAGGAAACAGCACUGUAAUUGUAGUUUGUGUUGUCAUACAAAAAAAAAUAGUGGUCUUAUUUUAGAUUAAUAACCUGUCAUUCAUGUAGUAAACAUUACUAAAGUAAUGUUUUCAGUUUUAAAAAAUAAUUGCACCAGUGAUAAGCAGAAUUAUUUUAAACUAAAGUUUUUCAAGAAAUCACCUAACAGUUGUGUAGAAAUGACAUGUAUAUAAUGAUUUCUAGGAAAGUUCAAUUCAUAUGGUGUUGGAAUUAUUCUGUAUCAGUUAAAUAGUUUGUAGUAACUAGCAAACAUUAUAUUUGUAUAUUACUGGGGAAAACUUAUUGGAGAUUGUCAUGGGAUCCACGUUUUCACAAGAGCACAAUGUUGUAGUGUACUACUGUUCAGUUUAUUCACAAGCUGCUGAUGUUUUCUGGCAUUUGGUACACUCUCUUCCUCAUAACUAUUAUAACUUGCAUUAUAUUUAAGCAUAUGAAUAGUGGCAUUUCAGCAACUAUGCUGGUAACUAUAUUUGCUGUGUGCGGUUAGCAGCUUGUCAAAGUUUGAUAAAAGGAUUUUAUUUUUGGUAUGUAAUAUAAAAUCUAUACAAAGUACUUUAUGAAAAUGAUAUAUAGAAUUAACUCAAAUUCAAUACUUACAAAUUGCUGUCAUUAACUGAAAAUGCAACUCAACACCUAUUUCAACCAAUUAUGUGUUACUAAAAAUGAUUGAGCCUACUUCACAUUUUAUGCAGCUAAGAUAAUAUUUUCAUUUGUUUGGGUAAUGGAUAAAAGGUUUCAAUCCAAUUACUUGGCUUGAACCAGGUGAAUUAAGGUUAAAAGUUUUAAUUUCUUCAUUUGUACUAAACUGAACUACAUAUACAAAAAAAAUUCUCAUGUACUUUAUGUAAGUUGUGAGAAUAUAGUUGGAAUUGGUUUCAGAACAUCCAAACCUCUAGUGUUGUCUUAGAUUAAGAAUAAUAUAUCAGUGAAAAGAUUGCAACAUGUUUUACAGAAAAGUUUAUUUCUGUUCUUCUCCAUAUAAGUUGUGUAACUCAUUAUCUUGACAUAUAAUUCUGUUGUAUAUUUGUACUAAACUUGCUUUGGCUCCUCCUAUCUUCUAAGAUUUGAUGCUUCUUUAUAUAUCAGUGCAGUAAUAUACUGUAUAUUUUGUUCCCUCAGGUGGAUGUAAUGAUACUAUAUUUUGAUUGCUUGAGUGUCACAGUAUUUUAUUGAUGAUGGCCUUAGAUAAUGUUAGUGGGUUAUGUUUGUGUAACAACCUUUUCCAGUGGUAAGCUUCCCUUAGUUGAUUACUGUGCUCACUAAAGGAUAAAAUGUAGAGUUCUCAUCUUCCCACUUUCCAGUCUGUGCCUAUUUCAUUUGCUGUGGAGCUGAUGGGAACAGAAUUUCCACAACACGUUUCAUACUGCGUGGUAGUUUUUCAGCAUCAUGCUGAUUCUGUAAUGAUGCUUUCUUGCUGGUAUGUCCUCUUUUUAAAAAAACUAUAUAUUUAUUGUGGCAAUGGGAUCUUCACCAGAGUCUAAGAAUGUCUAUUCAAACUGAGGUUCAAGUGAAUGACAAGCCCAGAAGGGCAGAUACCCUCCUGAAAUGGCUUGUAGCUAUUAUCUGGUACGAAAAAUAGUUAGCAACACAAUUGUACAUUUUCUAGAUUGUAUUUGCCCAUUAAAUUGAUUCAGUUACAGACUGUUCUCUUACGUUGGAACAUUGAAGUCAUUUCCAUGUUAAUUUUCAUCUUAACUGCCUCAAAUUCUGUUUUUGCACUUGCCUUAUCCAGUGCUUCCUGUUCAUUGGUGACCUCUUAUAACGUGAUUCUAUAAUCUUUUAAAAAAAGUGUUUUGGGAGAAAGCAGUGGGCAAAAGAAACAAACAAAAGUAAAACUCCACUUGAAAAUCUGAAUGAAAAAAUGGUUGAUAAAACAGAUCAGCUCUGAUUGCUCAUUAAUGAGAAAUGUUAAUGUUAUUUCUCUUGGAAUUGCUGCCUGAUAAACUUAUUAUUUUCCGAGUUUGCAUUAAAGAAAACUCUGGCCUUUUGCAUGAACAUUAGUUUUUUUUAAAAAAGAGAAGUAGUACCAGAUCAUAUGUCAGCCAAAAAGCAUUCUGAAGGAAAUUACCAAAACUCUCUUGUGUAAUUUAUAGAAAACCACAUACAGUAUAGUUUUCAGGCAAAAUUUAAAGAUUUGCAUUUCAUAUUUUCUGUUUGGAACAGACUGCACUUUUUAAAUAACAACCGAAGAACAGCCAAAGGUACAUGAACAAUAGAACAGCACAGGAACAGGCCUUCAGCCCACCAUGUCUGCACUGACUGUGAUGCCAAUAUAAAACUAAUCCUAUCCGCAUGCCCAUGGUCCAAAUCCCUUUAUUCCCUCCCAAUUUACGUAUCUGUCUAUCAUAUCUGUUUAUAUCACCUCCCUUGGCAGUGCAUUACGGCCACCUUCCACUAUCUAUAUAAAAGCAGGCUUGUCUUUUUAAACUCCCUCCCCCAUCUUAAAGCUACAUACCUAGUAUUUAACAUGUCCACAUGAAGGAAAAGACUAUCUACCUUUGCUACGGCUGUUAUAAGUUGAUAUACUUCUAUCGGGUCACCCCUCAGCCAAUAUUCCAGAGAAAACUAUUGCAAAGUUGUCCAAUGUCUCCUGCUAUCUUAUACACUCCAGUCCUGGGAAUGUGAACUACUACUUCACCCUCUCUAAAGUCUCCACAUUCUUUGCCUCUAGUGUGGCAUCCAAAACUGCACAUAGUGCUCCAAGUAUGGCAAAAGUAAGAUUUUAUACAGUUGCAAAUUGACUUGCCAUUUUUUUUUUACUUAGUGCUGCAAUUGAUGAAGGCAAGUAUGCUGUACACCUUCAUCCAACCUGUGUUGCUGCUAAGUAUCCUGCCAUUAACUGUGUACUUUCCUCUUGCAUUUGACCUUCCAAAAUACAACGCUUCACAUUUGUCUGGAUUGAACUCCAUCUGCCCAAAUUUUUAGCUGACGUACAAUCUGCAAUGUCCUUUCGCGACCCUCAUUGCUAUUCACAAUUUCACCAUUUUUUGGCAUCUGCAAGCUUUUAAUUAAAUAUCUACAUUUUCAUCCAAAUCACUCAUCUGUGAUUUAUGUAUACCACAAGCAAUAUGUUCCAGAAUGAUCAUCACAGAAGAUGAGUCAGAGACCUUUGGUCAGAAAUCAAAAUGUCUUUUAUGACCAAGCUAAUUUUGUAUCUAACUUAUCAACUCACCAUGGACAUCUUCAUAGUAUCUAUUUUUUUCUCUUAAAAUACACAUUCUGGGUGAAUGUCACCACAAUAAUGCUCCAAUAAUGUAUACAGUAGAAGUAACAGACUUAACUAGCUAAUGAAUACAUUGCAGUCAUAAUUUCCAGGCAUAUUUGUUUAAAACCAUUGAAUCAGAAUUGUAACAAUAUGCUAAAACAUUCAUUUUCAACUGAGACAUAGAGCUGAUUAGUUAGCAACAUCAGUACAGAAUUAUUUUAAAAGAUGUAUCAAUGAAAUUUUAUGAUAGGUGGAAUGGAAUUUGUGCACCUGAGUAGGUAAUAGAUUUCAUCAUUUAGUCAUAAUGAAUAAAAAGAUUUCAUCACCAGUGAUCAAAAAGCAUUAUAUUUAUGAACUUAUCCCAUGGCAAUAAAUGAUAAUUCAUCAAUAAACUUAAAUAUGUACCAGACUUUAAACAAGCAAGUGAAUAUUGAUUCCUAUAAAAAGAGGCCAUUGUGUGAACUAUCUGCAAAGUUAUCUUUUGUAAGAAAUUAUAAAUGGUAAUUUUCCAUUUUAAUUGCAAUGACAGUUGCAAAUAAGACUUGAUUUCUAAUUUACAUUUGAUCCUUUUCUUGCAAUAGGCCCUUAAUUCAGAAUAAUUUUUAAAAUUAUUUUUAGCAAGAUUUAAGUAGUUCAGUUUUAAAUGGUGUCUUUGCAUUCCAAACUUCCCAAAAUAGCAAAAUACUAAAUUUGCAGUAUAUCAAAUUUGUCCAGAUACUUUCUCCAAGUUUAACUAAUGACCUUACGCAUCCUUGAAAAUUGUGCCUUGUUGGUUUAUUUGCACAACAGUGUAUGAUUUCUUUCAAUAGUAUCUUGCCUUAUUGUUAUUUGAAAGAUUUUCACAACUUCUAAAUCAACAUCAUUUUUUAGGAAAGACUGAUUUGUGAUUAUGUUGCCAUCAGGUAAUAUGUGGUGGAUCAACAUUGUCACAUUUGGGUUCUUAUUUGGUCUCUCUUUUAGGAUUCUUGCAUGAUCCUGUUAGAUAAACUUUCCAGGUUCCUCACUGAGCUUGACUUUCAUAAUUUCCUCUGUUGUGCAGACUAAGUGAACAUUUAAGGAUAUAUAAAAUAGGAUAUUCAGUACAGACAGUGUAAUAUUCAAUUUAUUCAAUGGCCUCUGCCAUGUCACUGGUAAAGUAUGUCUGCUCUUUGUAAAGAAGCAUUCACACUAAUUUCCAUUUUGAAAUAUGCUUAUUUUAAAAUAUUCCAGAAACUAGGAAAUUCUUUGAAGUAUGAUGUUUCUAACAGUUACUGCAUACAUGUCUCUACUGGCCAGCUUCAGUAAUUAAUGAGAUCAGAUUAUCUGUAUCUCUAACAGACAAAAUAUAAAACUAGCAUUUGCUUUGAAACAAGUUGAUUUUAUAUUCUGCAGAAUUUUACGUUUUUAAAAAUGUACUGUUACAUUUGCUCUCAUUAUCUUUUUUACAUCAUACUUUUUCAUAUUAAAUGUUAUAUGGAAAGGUCAGUUCUCAGAAAUAAAACUUUAAAAAGUUGCACAAAACAACCAAUAUGCAGAGAUUUUUAUGCCACAUUUUUAAAGCUUUUAUACAAUAGGAAAUGAUAAAGUGUUAACCCAGGGUCUAAAUAAUUCAGCAGAAUAUAAACCAGCAAGUGUAAUUAGUGUUUAUGUAAAUUUUUGUCUGAAAGAAUGUUUCAUGCAUGCAGAUCCAAGUAAUACUUAACAGAUUUGUAUGGAUGUACACAGUGUAUUAUCUCUUAGGUCUUAAUAGUACAGAUGUAUAGGGUUAGAAAUUGCUAUUGGGCUGAAGAUAUUAAUGGGGAAAUUUAAUAAUCGUAAAUUGCUAUUUAAUAUUUUUCUGUUUAGAUAAUAUCCCAGAUGUACAAAGAAUAUGGAAAUAAAAGUUGUGUUAAGGUGUAUAUGUAUUUCUCUAAAGUAUUUAAUGCCUAGAGUCACAACUUAAAUUAUAUUUUAGGCAAAUACUUAAAAAACAAACUGUGCACAUGUUUUCAAAAAUUCAGGUCCCAGUAAACUCAAAAGUCUUUUCUUUUGGAAUUCUGUAAUGGCAUUGUGUGUAUAUGUCACAUAGUGGCAUUCUGGUUUAAGCUGUUGCUGUUAUUCCUUUUAAUUGAUGCAACAUAUAAAGCAUUUGUAAAUUGUUUAUAUAACAUUUUUAUGUUUGUAUAUUGAACCUUUAUGGUGUGUUUCCCAUCUGAAUGUACAACUAUGUUGUAAAAUUUAAUCAUAAUGUUGUCACUAAAUAUUGGCAUGAAAUUGGUUAAUUUUUACUAAGCACAAUGUAUUUUUGAAUGGAUCUUGUAAAACACACCUUUAUAAAAAUGCAAAUUUUGCACUAAAAUACCAAGUAUUCUUGCUUUUAAUACUGUAUAUAUACUGUAUAUGAUCAUAGUAGGUUUGUAAUAUAUAAAGGUAUGGUGGUUUACAGGAAAAAUCUCUUCUCAUGGGGUAUGUACUUGAAAUGGAGUUAACUACCUUUGUUUCCUUUUAUGUAUGGUAAUUGAAAAGUGCAGACAUUCACUGGAUUUUUUUAAAACUGUAAUUUCAUUGUUUCUUCUAGUGGAAAUUAAGUUUCUAUUUUGACUUGGUACAAAACCUGUAAUUCAAAUCAAAAGUGCAUUUUUUUUUAAUUUUACACCCUCCCAGAAAAGAGCAAAAUGCAUUUGGAGAGAAAAGGGGUGCAUUAUAAUGUUGAAAGAGAAGUAUUUACUUUGAAAGCAUAAGCUCUUAUGAUGAAAAUGGCUUUUCUUUGUUAAAGGCAGUAACUAACUAUGCAGUGGUUAAGUUUUCAACAGAUCCAUCAUAUUUUUAUAUGCACAUAACAGACUUGAUCUACCCCCUUGCAUAAUACACUUUUCUUGAAAUGUUUGUUAAAUUAUCCAAGGUGAAACUACGCUAAAAUACGUUAGAAUUAGAAUCUAGUUUAAUAUAUCUGGCACACAGAAGCAUAGAAAACCUACAGCACCAUACAGGCCUUUCGGUCCACAAAGCUGUGACGAACAUGUCCUUACCUUAGAAAUUACCUGGGCUUACCCAUAGCCCUGUAUUUUUCUAACCUCCAUGUACCUAUCCAGGAGUCUCUUAAAAGACCCUGUUGUUUCUGCUGCCGGCGGCAGCCCAUUCCACACACUAACCACUCUCUGCGUUUUAAAAAAAACUUACUCCUGACGUCUCCUCUGUACCCACUUCCAAGCACCUUAAAACUAUGCCCUCUCGUGCUAGACAUUUCAGCCCUGGGAAAAAGCCUCUGACUAUCCACACAAUCAAUGCCUGUCAUCAUCUUAUACACCCCUAUCAGGUCACCUCUCAUCCUCCGUCACUCCAAGGAGAAAAGGCCAGGUUCACUCAACUUAUUCUCGAUAAGGCAUGCUCCCCAAUCCAGACAACAUCCUUACAAAUCUCCUCUGCACCCUUUCUAUGGUUUCCAUGUCCUUUCUGUGGUGAGGCGACCAGAACUGAGCACAGUACUCCAAGUGGGGUCUGACCAGGGUCCUAUAUAGAAACAUAGAAACAUAGAAAAUAGGUGCAGGAGUAGGCCAUUCGGCCCUUCGAGCCUGCACCGCCAUUUAUUAUGAUCAUGGCUGAUCAUCCAACUCAGAACCCAGCCUUCCCUCCAUACCCCGUGACCCCUGUAACCACAAGGGCCAUAUCUAACUUCCUUUUAAACAUAGCUAAUGAACUGGCCUCAACAGUUUGCUGUGGCAGAGAAUUCCACAGAUUCACCACUCUCUGUGUGAAGAAGUUUUUCCUAACCUCGGUCCUAAAAGGCUUCCCCUCUAUCCUCAAACUGUGACCCCUCGUUCUAGACCUCCCCAACAUCGGGAACAAUCUUCCCGCAUCUAGCCUGUCCAAUCCCUUUAGGAUCUUAUACGUUUCA